AUCAGCUGCACCCUAAGGGACUUUACCAACCUGCCUUGACACUGUCCCAUCACACUCCCACUGGCACGGUGGCACCGCCGGGAUGGGCACACGCAGCAAUCUCAAGGCCCUUUAGACUAGACCGCCGCUGUCGCUCUGCUCAGACACUGGCGCUAUGCGCGCUUAGGCACUAGCGGAUAAGACUAUUGACCACUCGUCUGUCCGUGAGCAAGGAAAGCUUCCCGCCACUGUGACCAUUUAAGUCUCACUUCUACGCCGUUGACCGAAAUGGACCCCGCUGCGGCCGUGGCGGCUAUUGCCGCCAACCCAGCGGCUUUCACGGAGCUAGUUGCGCAGCUGCAGGACGCAGACAAUGACCGCCGCAAGUCGGCGGAGGCUAUCUUCGACGCGCUGAAGGAGCAGUCAGACCUAUGCAUGACAUGCCUCGCUCGCACUCUCAGGACGUGCCCAGCAGUUGAGGCGCGCCUGUUUUGCAGCGUCAUGAUUCGCAAGGUCAUUUACUACCGCUCGGAAUCGGACCUCAAGGCGCCGGUGCUCUGGGAUAAGUGCAGCCCGGCUGUACAGACCGGCACCAAGCAGGCGCUGCUGGAGGCGCUGGUGCAGGAGCCCGACCGCAACGUGUCCAGCAAGGUCAGCACGGCCGUGUCGGACCUGGCCGCGCUCAUCUACGACAAGGCGGGCUGGCCGGAGCUGAUGCCCGCCAUCACCGCCAUGCUCACCAGCAGCAACCAGCAGCAGGUGGUGAACGCCCUGAGUGUGCUGGCGGACGUGGCGGCCUACCUGGCGGACCACCUCAAGCCGCAGCUGCAGGACUUCGUCAACAUGCUGGUGACCAUGCUGGGCAGUGGCGUGAAGGACGUGACGGUGGGCGCCGCCAACGCCGUCACCGCCUUCAUCGAGGCGUACGAGGACGCGCGUGUGCGCGACAUGCUGUCGCCUCUGGUGCAGCCCAUGCUGGCUGUGCUGGGGCAGCUGCUGUCCAGCGGCGACGAGGAGGAGGCGCGCGGCGUGCUGGAGAUGUUCAUCGUGCUGGCGGAGUCGUCGGCCCGCUUCCUGCGGCCUCACCUGAUCCCGCUGGUGGACGCCAUGAUGCGGGUGGCGGGCGCCGGCGACAGCCUGGAGCCGCAGACGCGCCAGCUGGCGGUGGAGUUCCUGGUGUCGCUGUGCGAGGCGCGCGAGCAGAGCCCCGGCAUGAUGCGCAAGGUGCCCAACCUGGCGCGCACGCUGUUUGAGCUGGUCAUGGGCUUCCUACUGGACAUCGAGGACGACCCCGCCUGGCACUCUGCCGCGGACGACUCCAACGAGGACGCGGGCGCGGGCGAGCUGUACGACCCCGGCCAGGAGUACCUGGACCGCCUGGCGCUGUCGCUGGGCGGCAAGGCCGUGUCGGACGCCGCCGCGCCGCUGCUGGGCACCUGGAUCACGGACGCGCAGUGGCAGAAGCGCGCCGCCGUGUUCAUCUGCCUGGCGCAGAUCGCGGAGGGGUGCACCAAGGUCAUGUCCACCACCGCCUACCUGGAGCAGCUGGCGCGCAUGUGCGUCAUGGGGCUGAAGGACGCGCAGCCGCACGUGCGCUGGGCGGCCUGCCAGGCGCUGGGCCAGAUGUGCACGGACCUGGGGCCGGAGCUGCAGGCGCGCCACCACGCCGCCAUCCUGCCCUCGCUCAUGGAGGUCAUGGACAACUUCAACGCGCCCCGCGUGCAGGCCCACGCCUGCGCCGCCAUCGUGAACUUCAGCGAGGGCGUGGAGGCGGACGUGCUGCCGCCCUACCUGGACGGCCUCAUCCAGAAGCUGCUGACGCUGCUGCAGCACGGCGCGCGGCUGGUGCAGGAGGGCGCGCUCACGGCGCUGGCGUCCGUGGCGGACAGCAGCCAGGACCUGUUCCUCAAGUACUACGACACGGUGAUGCCGCUGCUGCUGCACAUCCUCACCAGCGCCAACGCCAAGGAGCACCGGCUGAUGCGCGCCAAGGCGCUGGAGUGCAUCAGCCUGGUGGGCAUGGCGGUGGGCCGAGACCGCUUCAGGGACCACGCCCGCCAGGUGCUGGCCUACAUGCAGCAGGUGCAGGCGGCGGGUGUGGACCCCGACGACCCGCUGGCCUCCUACAUGCUGCAGGCCGGCGCGCGGCUGUGCAAGUGCCUGGGCCCCGAGUUCAUCGAGUACCUGCCGCUGGUCAUGCCCAGCCUGCUGGCGUCGGCGCAGGCAGACCCAGACGUGCAGGUGGUGGACGAGGACGAGGUGAACGCGGAGGACCUGCCCGACGACAUGGAGGCCAUCGCCAUGGGCGACAAGUGCCUCAUGUACCGCAGCAGCAUCCUGGAGGAGAAGGCCACCGCGGUCAACAUGCUGAGCUGCUACGCGGAGGAGCUCAAGGAGGGCUUCUGGGCCUACGUGGGGCCGGUGCUCAAGCUGGUGCUCAACGGUGUGGAGGGCCAGUCGCCGCUCAUCAAGUUCUACCUCAACGAGGAGAUCCGCCGCUCCGCCGCCGCGCUGCUGCCCAGCCUGCUGCGGUGCUGCAUCGCCGCCGCCGAGCGGGGGGUGCCGGGCGCCUCGCCGGCGGCGGUGGCGGAGUUCCUGGGCGCCGCCUGGGGGCCGCUGCUGGAGGCGCUGCGCAAGGAGCCCGAGGGCGAGAUCCAGGCGGUGCAGCUGGACAGCAUCGGCGAGAUCGUGGAGGUGGUCCCGGACAAGGCGCUGCUGGGCGCCGAGCCCACCGCGGCCGCGUUCAAGAUCUUUGACACCGUGCUAGAGAAGGCCGACAAGCGGCGCGCGGACCGCGCCGGGCGGCGCUCCACGGAGGACUUUGACGCGGAGGAGGCGGAGCAGCUGGAGGCGGAGAACGAGCUGGAGGAGGAGCUGUUUGACCAGGUGGCGGCGUGCGUGGGCGCAUUCCUCAAGAAGAUGGGCGACGACGUGUUGCCGCUGGUGGAGAGCCUGCUGAUGACGCGGUACGGAGCCAUGCUCACGGACAAGUCUCGGUCCUCGGAGGAGCGGCGCAUCGCCAUCUGCCUGGUGGACGACCUGCUGGAGAACUCGCCCGCAGGCAUGGCCAAGCACUUCGCAAACGUCCUGCCCAUCCUGCUGGAGGCCACCCGCUCCGACCACGCCGACCUGCGCCAGUGCGCCGUGUACGGGCUGGGCGUCAUGGCGGCCAAGGCGCCCGCGGAGCUGUUCCGGCCGCAGGCGGCGGCGGUGGCGGAGAUCAUGGCCGGCAUCAUCCGGCACCCGGAGGCCAAGUCCGAGGACAACGACAUGGCCACCGACAACGCGGUGGCGGCGCUGGGCCGCGUGCUGAGCCACCACCCCGAGGCGCUGGGGCCGGACGGCGGCGCCGCCUACGCGCAGCUGUGGCUGGGCAGCCUGCCGCUCAAGGCGGACGCGGUGGAGGCCACAGCCAUGCACGAGCAGCUGGUGGUCAUGUGCGAGGGCCAGGACCCGCGCGUGGUGCCGCACGUGGCGCGGGUGGCGGCGGUGUUUGCCGAGGUGCUGGGCGGCGGCAAGACGUACGUGGCGGGGCCGGUGGGCGUGCGCAUGGCGCAGCUGCUGCACCGGUUGCAGGGCGCGGUGCCGGCCGAGACCAUUUCGGGUGUGGUGGCCAAGUUCACGCCCAAGCAGCAGGCCAGCUACGCCACCUACAUGGCCGGCAACAUCCCCGAGUGAUGCCGCUGGGCGGGGCAGGGCGGGCGGGCGGGGCAGGGGGUUUUGUAGAUACGAGCCCAAACUAAACCGGGGCACUAGGUACCGCGCGCAAUGACGAGGGCCUCAUCGGGUCUGGGCAGCUGGGCUGGCCCGGGCCGUAGUUCAGAUGGCGCGGUGGUGUAUGAGCAGCUGGGAGGAGUGGGAGUAUUGUAGUACGUGUGUGUUUCGGUUUGGUUAUGAGUACAGACAAAGGCAUGUUGCAGUGCGACAGCCAGUGGGAACGAACUGAGGGGUGGUAGUAUGGCGGCCUGCAGGGCGGCAGCCUGCUUGGUAAAAGUGCGCUGCUUGCGCUGAAUGUGCGGUGGAAGAAUGCGCAAGGGGUGGUUUAGGAGGCUGGCAGGUGCGUCGCGGUUGGACAUGCGGUGAGUCAGGUGCCGUGAGCGUGCUCCUGUGUGACUGCGCCGGGCGCACGGUGCGGCAUGGCACCAAUAACGCUUUAUGUUUGCGAUGCGCAUUUGUGGGACACCCAAUUACGCAGGUGAUUUGUGCACUUGCCGCCAUGCGCGUCGCCCAUGAGACUAGUUUGGCGAGAGCUUUAAGAGAUAGGCCCCAUAAAGGGAAAGACAAGAGAGAUGGACGGCAGUGCUGUGCUGCACGUCGAGGGGCGAGGGUAGGCAGGGCGGUAAGCACAAAGAAACGUGCCGCAGAGUCAUCAGCCCGGGGCGAGCUAGGGGAGCUGCCCCUGUGCGACUAGGCGGUGCCGUGGUGUUGGUAGGGCUCGAUCGGCUAGGGAUGAGAGUGUGGAACCCGUGUGCAAUUUGGCACUGUACGGUAGUGAUGAUGGUAUCAGCAUACGCACGCACGCAAGCAAGCGGGGGGCAUGAACAGCGCAAGCACAGGCCACGCACUCAAGGGUGCCCUUCACGGCCUUCACGGCAGGAGCGGUGGCUGGCCGCCUCAUGGAGGCCUAUCUCUUCUUGUAAUGCCGCUACGAC